CCCCGGGGAGGCGGAGACCAGGGCACCGUGCGGGGAGGAGGGGCGCGAGGCGAAAGCGCAGGCGGUUGGGAGCCCAAGGGGCGAAUCCCCGCUGGGCCCUGGGUCUGAACGGGAGCCAAUGGAGCAGCCGAGGCUGCUGCCAAUCAUGUGGCUACCUCCAAUCCCACCCGUGCCAUUUGCAAAAUCUCGGUCCCACUGUGCAGCUCAAAUGUGGUGUUCCCUCUGCCAAUCGCUGGAGGACACAGUGGCAACAGGAAUAAGCAGAGUUAGGAGGCCAGGACAAAAGAAGUUAAAGAGCCCCUAAUAUAUACAUGUUUCUGAAGGCGGGCAGAGGGAAAAAAGUGCCCCCAGUGAGGGUCUGUGGGCCCGAUUGUGUAGUUCUGAUGGAGCCCCCUUUGAGCAAGAGGAUCCCGCCAGCGCUGAGAUUAGCGGAUUUGGCAACAGCUCAGGCCCGGCCGCUUCAGAAUAUGACAGGCUUCCCGGCGCUGGUCCGCGCGCCCGCCCACUCCCACCUCCGCGCCGCCGCCCUGCACCGCCGUCCGCGGGACUUGGGCGCUGACCCCGGCGUGGCCGUCACUCCGCUGGGACCCGAGCACACGGCCCAGACGAGCGCGCUGGGCCUCAGCCCUCCCUCCCAGGCGCUCCCGGCGCAGCCCGAAGCUUCGGCAGCCUCCAUCACGCACCCCGACGCGGGUACCUACCCCGGCCGCAGGGGCAGCAGAGGCGCGCAGCCCUCCACGCCCCCGCCCCCAGCCCCUCCUCUUCCUCCCUCCCCGUCACCCCCUCCCCCUUCCCCUCCCCCGCCCCCUCCUUCUCCUCCUCCUCCUGCCCUCUCGGGCUACACCACCACCAACAGUGGCGGCGGCGGCAGCAGCGGCAAAGGCCACAGCAGGGACUUCGUCCUCCGGAGGGACCUUUCCGCCACGGCCCCCGCGGCGGCCAUGCACGGGGCCCCGCUUGGAGGGGAGCCGCGGUCCGGCACCAGCUCCCCCCAGCACCCGGCCCCGCCUCCCCACUCGGCCGGCAUGUUCAUCUCGGCCAGCGGCACCUACUCGGGCCCGGAAGGCGGCGGCGGCCCGGCGCUCUUCCCUGCGCUGCACGACACGCCGGGAGCCCCCGGCGGCCACCCACACCCACUCAACGGCCAGAUGCGCCUCGGGCUGGCGGCGGCGGCUGCAGCCGCGGCGGCCGAGCUGUACGGUCGCGCCGAGCCACCCUUCGCGCCGCGCUCGGGGGACGCGCACUACGGGGCGGUGGCGGCCGCUGCAGCCGCCGCCCUGCACGGCUACGGAGCCGUGAACUUAAACCUGAACCUGGCAGCAGCAGCGGCCGCGGCAGCCGCGGCGGCCGGGACUGGGCCCCACCUGCAGCACCACGCGCCUCCCCCGGCGCCUCCGCCGCCGCCGGCGCCCGCGCAGCACCCGCACCACCCCCACCUCCCAGGGGCCGCCGGGGCCUUCCUGCGCUACAUGCGGCAGCCAAUCAAGCAGGAGCUCAUCUGCAAGUGGAUCGACCCGGACGAGCUGGCCGGGCCGCCGCCGCCGCCGUCACCGUCCCCAGCCGGCGGCGCCAAGCCCUGCUCCAAAACUUUCGGCACCAUGCACGAGCUGGUGAACCACGUCACGGUGGAGCACGUGGGUGGCCCGGAGCAGAGCAGCCACGUCUGCUUCUGGGAAGACUGUCCGCGCGAGGGCAAGCCCUUCAAGGCCAAAUACAAGCUCAUCAACCACAUCCGCGUGCACACCGGCGAGAAGCCCUUCCCCUGCCCCUUCCCGGGCUGCGGCAAGGUCUUCGCGCGCUCCGAGAACCUCAAGAUCCACAAGCGCACUCAUACAGGGGAAAAGCCUUUCAAAUGUGAAUUUGAUGGUUGCGACAGGAAGUUCGCCAACAGCAGCGACCGAAAGAAACAUUCCCAUGUGCACACCAGCGACAAACCCUACUAUUGCAAGAUUCGAGGUUGUGACAAGUCCUACACCCACCCCAGCUCUCUGAGGAAACACAUGAAGAUCCACUGCAAGUCCCCACCACCUUCUCCAGGAACCCUGGGCUACUCUGCUGUGGGGACUCCCGUGGGUGCCCCCUUGUCCCCAGUCCUGGACCCAGCCAGAAGUCGCUCCAGCACUCUGUCCCCUCAAGUGACCAACCUCAACGAGUGGUAUGUCUGCCAGGCCAGCGGGGCCCCCACCCACCUCCACACGCCUUCCAGCAACGGCACCACCUCCGAGUCUGAAGAUGAGGAAAUGUAUGGGAACCCCGAAGUUGUGCGGACGAUACAUUAGAAUUGAUUGUUGUCAUCCUCCAUAACAAGUGAGAUAAUAGGUGGGGGUCCUUGGACCAUAUCCUAACCUGAGACAAUGCUGAGCCUCAGACAAACCCCCAACUCAGACUUGCCACCGGGUCUAAUUAGCCCUAUUUAUUCAGUAUGAAACCCUAUGGUGUUUGUACAUUUAAUUAAUUUAAUUAAGAUAUUUGGGCUUUUUUUUUUCCCUUCUUAAAAAACAAACAGAAAAACCAAGCUGGACUUGUACAUUGCAGGGGGCCAGCUGUACCAAGGAAAAGGGGAGAUUAUUCGAGAUACAUGCCGAUGCUAUAUGUCUGUGUGUAUGUUUUUAAACGGGGUGCAAACAAGCAUUAAGUCAGGACUGAACACAGCCACCAGGCCUGCUGCAUUUCCCGGGGUGCCUCUAGAAUGCCUUCCACACCACACCCUGGGCUGCUUCUGAGCCUCCUGUUUGGGCCCUAAUUCUGCAAACACACACUUGCUGCAUUGCCAACAGACCCUGGACUGUGUUUACAACUCUUUGGAAGACCCUUUAAGUUCUAUUACUUCUAAUUUUUAAAUAUCUACUCUCUC